CAGCUGUUGAAGUUUUCUGAUCAACAAAAUUAAUUUAAUUUAAUCUUUAUGUUUACUGUUAAUCUCUCAUGUGAUUAAUUAAUAUAUUGAUUAGAAUUAUAAAAUGAUGAUUAUGUGAUAAUCUAUUUUGUUUUAAAUCGUUGGUCCAUGAAAUUGGCUUUAAUUAUCGGGAACAGUUAACAAAAUCUUUCAACAUGGAUACUGAUCUUAUCAAGAAAACGCGUAAAAGUUUGAUCUUUGUUUUUCUUUUAGCUUGUGAAAAAAACUCUGAGAGCUUAUAUAUGAUCGCCAAUGAACCAACACUGGCCUGUUUCCGAAUAGCUGAACAUGUUUACAAAAGUGGCCCUCACAUUCAGGAAAGAGGAGUUGAAAUGAAAAAAUUAGAAAAUCAAUUGAAAGGAGCUUGUUAUGACUUGGAUUAUACUGUUAAAGCAAUCAAAUCAAUGGAGAAAAGUAAAAACAACUUCAGCAAAAUCAAAGAUCUUUUAAAAGAUGCUUUUUUCUAUAAGCAGCAAAUUGAUUAUGAUAAUAACGUUCGCUAUCGAGUGGCCAAUCGAGGAAAUGACCAGCACCACAAAAGACAAGCAAAUCAAAGAUUCUCCGGUUCUUUUGACAUUCCAUCAUUCAUAUCAUCUCAUUUACCUUCAUCACCAUCGACCUCAAUGAUGUCUUCAGGUUCCUUGGUUCGAUCAGAUUCUGUUCCUCCAACAAAAUCCAAACCAUCAUCACCUAAAAGCGAAAACAAUCAGCCAAAUAAACCAUCAGAACAAUCGAAUUAAAACUUAAUAUUCUUUUAAGAUUGUCCAUCAUCAUGUCAGCAUCCGGAAUGAAAUGAUCUUCAUGGUUACCAUUUCAAUCCCAAUUCAGGGUCAAGUGACAUCGAGAAAGAGAGAGAGAGAGAUGAAGAUCUUGAUAAAUUUCAAAGGAAGAGAAAUCUUGAUGGCGCGAAAAUAGAUGAAACAAAUAUCGAUUUCUCUCCAAGAAGAUGAUCAGAGGAUCAACAAGGAACCACUCCCAAAAAAAGAUGAUGACACAGAACUGAAGUCAACUCCCAACACGAUGAAUACCAUUGGAUUUUCCCACCUUCUCAUCUUCCUUUAGAUUUUUUUCUUCCUCGAAUCAAUUUAUCGAAUCAAGAACAAUCAUCAGUCGCUUUACAGUAUCACGAAUCAAAGAUUAGCAUAAUCAUCUCUGAGUCGUCGUCAUCAUUAAUCCAGUUGUAAAAACAGAUUAUCGAUUCGCUGAUUAUGUUGGACCAUGAAAGAAAUGACUCAUUUAAAUUACAAUCAAACACUUAAAUUGUUUCCUAUUGGAAAUGUUAUCAACCUUUGUAAUAUUAUCUUUUUUUGUGUUGAUUUAAGGAGAGUCUCUAUCUCUCUCUCUCAGACUAACAUUUAAUUGUAAUAAUUAACCGGAAGACUUAAUCAACCUGUUAAUUACUUAUAAUCUCCAAUGAUUUAAAUCUUAAUUUCUUUGAAAAUUUCACCAACUGUGAUCAUCGGAAUAUCAAUUGCCCAAAAACUAUCAUAACUGUUAAAUGAUUAACUAAUCUUUUCAUUCAUAUUCAAUGCAAUUUAUUAAUCAUCAAAAUUUUCUACAUUUUUUUCAGCAACUUGAUCACAAUUGAAGUUACAAUUAACUCCCAAAUUGAACAUGUUUAUCUAGUUUUAAUUAAAUUACAAAUUCGUGAUUAAACUAAUCACAAAUAGAG